CGACGCAAAGAUCCCCACACCACCACCACCACCACGCGCCGUCGCCUAUAAAAACCCGCCCCCGGCAGCGCAGGCUUGCAGCAAGCAUCGUCGUUCGUGCUCCGACGAGCCCGCCCACCAGCCUCUCUGCCCUCUGGGAGCUCGAGCCUCCUCGUUGCCGGCUUGUUUGUCCAUCUGCUGAGAAAUAGAGGUGCGAGAUGGCCUCCGUUCUGCCGGAUACUGCCUCGGAUGGCAAGGCCCUGACGGACGCCUGGGACUACAAGGGCCGCCCCGCCAGCCGCGCCACCACCGGCGGCUGGGCCUGCGCCGCCAUGAUCCUAGGCGUUGAGCUGUUCGAGCGGAUGACGACGCUGGGCAUCGCGGUGAACCUGGUGCCGUACAUGACCGGCACCAUGCACCUCGGCAAUGCCUCCGCCGCCAACACCGUCACCAACUUCAUCGGCGCCUCCUUCAUGCUCUGCCUCCUCGGCGGCUUCGUCGCCGACACCUACCUCGGCCGCUACCUCACCAUCGCCGUCUUCACCGCCGUCCAGGCCACGGGCGUGAUGAUCCUGACGAUCUCAACGGCGGCUCCCGGUCUACGGCCACCGCCGUGCGGUGACGCCAGGGGGGCGAGCGCCGACUGCGUGCCGGCCACCGGGACGCAGCUCGGGGUGCUGUACCUAGGCCUCUACCUGACGGCGCUGGGCACCGGCGGGCUCAAGUCCAGCGUGUCGGGGUUCGGCUCCGACCAGUUCGACGAGUCCCACGACGGCGAGCGGAGCAAGAUGCUGCGCUUCUUCAACUGGUUCUACUUCUUCGUCAGCAUCGGCGCGCUGCUGGCCGUCACGGCGCUGGUGUACGUGCAAGACAACGUGGGGCGGCGAUGGGGCUACGGCGUCUGCGCCGUCGGCAUCCUCUGCGGCCUGGCUGUCUUCCUGCUCGGCACCAGGAGGUACAGGUUCAAGAAGCUGGUGGGGAGCCCGCUCACCCAGGUGGCCGCCGUCACCGCCGCCGCGUGGACCAAGCGCAGGCUGCCGCUGCCGUCUGACCCGGACUUGCUCUACGACGUGGACGCUGCGCUCGCCGCCGGCGCCGACGUCAAGGGGAAGGAGAAGCUGCCACACAGCAAGGAAUGCAGGUUCCUCGACCACGCGGCCAUCAUCGACGGCACCGGCGGCGACUCGGCGGCGAGCAAGUGGGCGCUGUGCACCCGGACGGACGUGGAGGAGGUGAAGCAGGUGGUGCGGAUGCUGCCCAUCUGGGCCACCACCAUCAUGUUCUGGACCAUCCACGCGCAGAUGACCACCUUCUCGGUGGCGCAGGCCGAGGUCAUGGACCGCGCCAUCGGCGGCUCGUCGGGCUUCCACAUCCCCGCGGGCUCCCUCACCGUCUUCCUCAUCGGCUCCAUCCUCCUCACCGUGCCCGUCUACGACCGCCUCGUCGCGCCGUUGGCCCGCCGCGUCACGGGGAACCCGCACGGCCUCACCCCGCUGCAGCGCGUCUUCGUCGGCCUCUUCCUCUCCGUCGCCGGCAUGGCCGUGGCGGCGCUCGUCGAGCGCCACCGCCAGACGGCCGCCUCCGCCGAGCACGGGGUCACGCUCUCGGUGUUCCUCCUCAUGCCGCAGUUCGUGCUCGUCGGCGCCGGCGAGGCAUUCACGUACAUGGGCCAGCUCGCGUUCUUCCUGCGGGAGUGCCCCAAGGGCAUGAAGACCAUGAGCACGGGCCUCUUCCUCAGCACCUGCGCGCUCGGGUUCUUCUUCAGCACGCUGCUCGUCACCAUCGUGCACAAGGUCACGGGCCGCCAUGGCGGCCGCGGCGGUUGGCUCGCCGACAACCUCGACGACGGGAGGCUCGACUACUUCUACUGGCUGCUCGCCGUGAUCAGCGCCAUCAACCUCGUCAUCUUCACGUUCGCCGCCAGGGGCUACGUCUACAAGGAGAAGCGCCUGGCCGACGCCGGCAUCGAGCUCGCCGACGAGGAGUCUAUUGCCGUCGGCCACUGAUACAUGCUGCUACCACAACCCUGCAAGCAUGCAUCUCUCUUUUUUUUUUCUUCUUCUUCUUUUAUUUAUGUGUUUGAUGACUUGUUUUGGCGUGAAUUCGGUGGGGGGUAUGCGUGAUGUAUUUUGGCACGCAGGUGGAGCUAAUUAACGUGUACGUAAAGGGUACAAGAAAUGUAGAUAGAAAUAUACGGCUUAAUAAGUGCCAAAUACGUAGUGAUGUACGUUGUAUUCUGCUUCUUGAAAUGAAUGGCAGCUAGCGUUGCUGCGCUUGGUAAUCUA